AUGAAGAAUUAUAAUUCAAGUAGUAGUAGGAAUAAAUACAAAGGAGAAAAUAAUAAUUAUAAUAAUCAUUAUAACAGUUUUAAUUAUUAUAAUAAUUAUAAUAAUAAUAAUAAUUUAUCGUCUUACUAUAAAAAGAAAAAUAAAUAUGGGAAAAACGUGUACGAAAAUGAUUAUGUGAAAACAAAAGAUAAACCAAAAAAUAUAGAAGAAAAUGUUUAUAAAAAGUAUGGUAGUUAUAAAAAAGAAGAUAAUAAUCAUUUAAAAACAUUAAAUGAUAAAGAUAAUAAUAUUCUUGAAGAUGUAGAUAAAAUUAAUAAUAUAACUUUUGGUUAUACGGCAAACUCAGAAAGUGAUUUUAAUUAUUUGAUGAAUAAUAAUUUAAUUGAAAAUGAAAAGAAAUUAUUCAAAAUGAGCACAUUAGAAAAAAACAACCUGAACUGUUCAGAAUUCUUGAAAUCACAAGAAAAUAAAUUAAUUGAUGAAAAUAUGAAUUUAAUGAGAAAUAAAGUAGAAAAGGAAAAAUUAAAUAUGAAUGAUAAUGUUAAAUAUAUAUCGAAUGAUAAAAAUAUGUCCUAUGUGAAAAAUGUGAAAAAUUUUAAAAAUGUGCCUAUUUUGAAAAAUGAAAGGUAUAUUACAUAUGACGAGCAAAAUGACCAUUCAUUUGUAAAUAAUAACAACAACAACAACAAUAGUAAUAAUAAUAAUAAUAAUAAUAAUAACAUUAAUCGUAUUAAUAAUAUUCAUAAUAAUAAUAAUAAUCGUCCUAUGGAUAAAAAUGAUACGAAUAAUAAAGAAAGCGAUGAUUUGUUUUGUUUUAAUAAGAGAAUGUCAAACUUAACUAAUUUAAUAAAUAAAGAUCUUUUUUUCUCAAAUGAAAAUGAAGAUAUGAAUGAUAAAUUACAAGAUAAUUCAAAUGAUGGAUUGUAUGUUGAAGAAGAUCGUGAUAAUGAUAAUUGUCAGGGAUUUUCCUUAAAUGUUGAACCAUUUAAUUUUACAAUUACUGAGAAUAUAAAUGAUAUAAAUAAUAGAAGUAAAGAGAAUUAUAUAAAUAUAGUUAAAAAAACGUUUGAAGAAAAAGAGGAAAUGCCAUACAAUAAUAAUAAUAAUAAUAAUAUGAUGUCAUAUGAACAUAUAAGAGAAAAACAACAAAAUCAUGAAUAUAAAAAAUUAGAUUCAUCAGAAGUUAGUAAAUCUUAUUUAUUAAGUAAUUUUGAACAAACACAUAAUUAUCCAUACGAUGGAAAGUAUAAAAAAUAUGAAAACUAUGGACAUCUGGAGAGUUUAUCAAAUGAUGAAUAUAGGAAUAUUUUAAAUGUGCAACAUUUAAAUUCAAAUUAUAAUAAAUGGGAACAAGAAAAGGAUAUUCUAUAUGAAGAAAGUGAAUCAUCUAAUGAAAAAUUUAUGAAUAUUGACAAUAUACAAAUGAAUGAUUAUCACUUCAACAACAAUAAUAAUGACAAUAAUAAUAAUAAUAAUAAUAAUAAUAUAUCUAUAAAUGAUUUGAGUGAAUAUAUUAAUGCCAUGAGUGGUAAUAAUGUUAACAAAUUAAAUUACAUAAAUAAUAUUUCAAAUUGUUAUAAUAAUAUAAAUGAUAUUUAUGAUAUGUCCAAUAUAAUGAACAAUAUGGAUAAUGAGAACAGUAUGAAGAACAUGAAGAAUGUGAACAAUAUGAACAAUGUGAACAGUAUGAAGAAUGUGAACAAUAUGAAGAAUGUGAACAGUAUGAACAAUAUGGAUAAUGUGAACAAUAUGGAUAAUGUGAAUAACAUGGGAAAUUUUAAACAUAUUGAUAAUAUGAAAAAUAUCAAUAUAUGUAAUAUUAAUAGCUUAAGUAAUAUAAAAAAUUUGAGAGAAAUGUUAAACUCGUGUUAUAUGAACGACAUGAAUGAAGACGAUGAUUACAUACACAAGAGUAACAAAAUAACUAGCCUUCUUAAUGAAUAUAAAUUAAACAAAAACGAAUUGGAUGAUGAUUUUAUUUUAAAUAUGAAUCAAAAAAAUGGAUUUAAUGAUAUAUUAGAAAAUUAUAACAUAAAUGAUGAAAAAUAUAAUGAUCUAAUAAGUUUAUUAAAUAAAUAUAAAUUAGAGGAAUAUAAAGAUAUGAAUGAAUUAUUUAAUGAUGAUAAUAUUGUGAAUAAGGAAAAAACAAAAAUAAAUGAAUUAAUAUAUAAUAAUAAUAAUAAUAAUAAUAAUAAUAAUACCUUUAUUAAUAAUAAUGAUUCUUUUGUUAAUAUGAGAAAUAAUAAUACCACAUUUCAAAUGAUGAACCAUAAUAAGAAUGAAUUAAAAUUUGAUGAUUAUAUAUUAAGGAGUAAAUUAGAUGAAGGAGAUUUUUAUUUAAAUAAUAAUCUUAAAAACAUUGGAAAAGAAAAGAAAAAUAUGGAAAAGGAGAAGAGACAACAACAAGAAGAAGUUUUUGUGAUAAAUGGAAAUGGAGAUUUGAAUUUAAACAAAUCAGCAGAUUUGAAUGUAUUAAAUAUGUUAAAUGAAUAUUAUUUAAAUGAUAAAUCACGAGAUUUUAUGUUAAUUGAAAGUAAUAAAGAUAUAAUAUCGGAAUUAAGGGACAAGGAGUUAAGAAAUGAAUAUCACCAUAGGGAGAAAAUGGAUGAUAAAAAUGAUGAUAUGUAUAAUGUGAAUAAUAUGAAUAAUAUAUAUAAUAAUAUAAAUAAUGUUCAACUUAAUGUACGAAAUAAUUUUGAUAAUGUAAUCCCUUCAGCAGAAAAUAAAGAGGAAAUAUAUUACAAAGAUAAAAUAAUGCAAAAUUAUAUGAAUAUUGAUGGUAAGAAGAAUAAUAUAAAUGAUAAAAGUAUGAGUAAAAAUAAUAAUAAUGUCAAUAAUAUGAAUAGUAUGAAUAGUAUGAAUAGUAUGAACCAUUUAAAUAAUAGACAUAAUGUUAUGAACGAUAUGAAGAAUAAGAAUAAAGGGUCAACCAAUUUUCCAAACCAUAAUAAUCCAAUAAAUAUUAAUCGUCAGAAUAGGAGUUAUGAAAAUAAUAAUGUAGGAAAUAAAAAGAAUAUAAAUAUAUCAAUGAAUAUUAUGAAUGAUAAUGUAAGCAAAAAUGUCUCUAUGGGAUAUUUAGAAAAAUAUGAUCAAAAAAAUUAUUAUUAUAAAAAUUAUGAAAGGACAAAAAAUAAAAAUAAUAACGUGAAUCAUAUUAAUAAUAAAGGUAAUUGUCAAAAUUUUGUAAAGAUGGAAUAUGAUAAAUCCAAUAGUUAUAAUAAUAACAAUAAUUUGAAUAUACUUAUAAAUAAUAAUAAUAAUAAUAAUAAUUAUAAUAAUUAUUUUCAUAUGAACACCUUAGAAUUUAAUAAUUCGAAGGAAUACAACAUGUCAGAUGAAAAUUUUAUCAUGAGAUUAAAAAGAAGUAAUAUGCUGAAAUUUACCAAUUUUUUAAAAACAAAUUAUAAAGAUUCAAAUAUUAUUGAUUUAAAUGAACCUUUAUAUAAUUAUUAUCGUUUUAUGAAUAAAAUAAAUGCAAAUAUUAAACAAAAUAAUUAUCUCAUAAAAUAUAAAAAUAUUAUGAAUCAAAGUGAUAAAGAUAAAUUAUUAAAAAUUCAGUUGUCCUAUAUGAUCAUAAAUCCAUCCAUACAAAAAAAUAGUGGGAAAUGGAAUUUUAAAAAUGAAGAUAAGGAUAAAGAAAUAAAUACAAUAAUGAAUAGUGAUCAUUCUGAUCAUAAUGAUGAGAAACAUUUAAAUCAUAAAAAUUGUGAUAAUUAUAAUAAAAGGGUUGAUGAUAAUGAUGAUAAUGAUGAUAAUGAUUAUAAUGAUGAUAAUGAUCAUAAUGAUGAUAAUGAUCAUAAUGAUCAUAAUGAUGAUAAUGAUGAUAAUAAUGAUGGUCAUAUGAAUGAGGAUGAAGAUCAGGGGUUAAAAAAUCUUAAAAAAUAUGAAAAUAUUAUGCAACUUUUUAAAGAAGGAAAUGUGUUUGAUAAUUUAGAAAAUAAAGAAUGUUCUCCCAUAUUAGAAAAUAAUAAUAUUAAUACAUUAUUACAAUAUGAACAACACUUCAACAAUAUAUAUUAUUAUAAUCCUUUAGAUUAUAAUAAAAAUAUGCCAAUUAAUGAAAAUCAUUAUCUUGAUAUGAAUAUUAAUAAAUUAUUAAAUUUUUCAAAAUUAAAAGAUGAGAAGAAUAAUCAAAAUGAUAUUAUAAGAAAAGAUACGAUUCUUACUAAUGAUCCAUAUGAUAAUAACAUAUUUAACAAAGAUAUUAAUCAUUAUGCUCAUAUUUUAAAAGAUGAAAAAGUAGGAGAUAAGAAAAAUUUAUUAAAAAUGCAAAAGUCAGAAAAAUCGAUGUUACAACAUAAAAAUAAUGAACAGGAAGAUCUUUUAAAAAAGGAUAAUUAUUUAAAUAAAUUAGUGAUAGAAAAAAAAAAAAAUCAAGAUUUGUGUAAAUAUGAAAAUAUUAAUAAACUAGGAAAAUUUGUUUUUGCUACAGUACAUGAACCAAGAAAUUUAAUUACCUUAAUAAAAAACAAAGUUAUAGAUGAUCAUAAUGUAAUAAUAGAAAAGGUUAGAAAAUUAAUAGAAAGUGAAAUAUAUGAUGAUGAAAAAAAUCAUAUUGUAAAUAAUGAUGCUUCCAUAAAAAAAAAAAAGGAUAAUGUUAUUAAUACUUAUAAUCAUAUAUAUAAUGUGAACAAAAAAAGUAGUGAUUAUUUAUGUAAAAACCUUACGCAUGAUGGAAAAGGUGAAAAUGGGAAAAAUAUAUCUGUUACAUGUAAGAAAAAAAAAUAUAACAAUAUUAUUAUAAAAAAAAUGUUAGAAAAUUUAUGGGACCUAUAUAUAGAUAUUAAAAAUAUAUAUAAAGAUAUUGAUAAAUGUCCAUAUACACAUAUUGAAACCAUAAAUAAAUAUAAUGAAGAAAUUAAGAAAAAGAAAAAUAAUAUGUUUCAAUUUAUAUUUUUAAAUAAAAUCAGUGAUAAUACAAUAACAUCUUCUAUAAAAUCACUAGUUGACAAUAAUCAUAUGUUUUUGAAAAAAGAAAAUAUAACCAAUUUAGAUAUUAUAAUAAAUAAGUAUAUUUAUUUAUAUGUAACGGAAAUAUUAAAAUCUGAUAUGGAGGAGCAAUUAUCUACUGAGUCGUAUAUUCCAAAUAUGGAUAGCUUGAUAAAAAGUUUAAAUUUUGUUAAAUGGAAAGAAAUAAAAGAUCAUAUGAAUGUAAACAAAAACGUAAGUACAAAUACAAAUAUAAAUGUAGAUAAAAAUGGUUUAAGUAAAAAUAAUGAUGAUUUAUCUAUCGGAUUGAGUAAUACAAAUCAUAUCGUAUCUAAUGAUAAUUCAGAACAAGUGCAAGAAAAGCAAAAGAAAAAAGAAAAAACAAAAAACAAAACAGAAACAGAUACAGAAAAAAAUAUAUCCAAUGAAGAGAAUAGUGGAGAUGUUAAAAAUGAUAUAUGUAAUUUAUUUUUAUAUAAUUUCCCAUAUCAAGACAAUAUAAAGGAAUUGAAUACUUAUAAUAUGUUUGGUAAAAUAUUAUUAUAUAAUAACAAAUAUAAUUAUUUUAAUUUUGAUAAAUAUAAUAAUUAUGAUAAAUUUUUACCCAUAUCUAAAGAGGAAAAGAAAAAGAAAGGAUUUUUCUUUUUUAAAGGAGGAAACAAUAAUAAUAAGACAUGUAUAAAUACAAAAGAUAAUGAUGAUGAUUAUAAUAAUAGUAAUAAAAAUGAUGAUAGUAAUAAUAAUAUAAACAAUAUUAAAGUUCAUAAUCAUAUUGAUAUAUUAGAUAUUGAUAAAGAUAAAAUUAACGAAGAAUUAAUACGUAUAAAAUGUUCUUAUUAUAUAUUUGUACACAGUUUACUAAGAUAUAAAGGUGCAUCUGUAUAUAAAAAAAUAUUUAAAGUUAUAAAAAAGAAAAAAAGAAGAACUUUAAUAUAUACCUUUUUUACGAAUUUCUUUUUAUUAUAUUAUAUAUUAUAUCAUGCUGAUCAAUGUUUUGAUAACAAGUUAGAAUAUGAAGAAUUUUUAAAAUUACAACUAUUACAUAUUAAUUCAAAUAUUAAUACUAUUCAUAAAUUAUUAAAAAAUGAAAAAGAACAAAAUAAAGUUAUAAAAUAUCAAACAAAUAAUUCCAAUAAUGAAAAUAAUCAAUCAUUAUUCAAUAUUAGAUAUAAAUUAUAUAGUACAAAUAUAUAUACCUCAUUAUAUAUAUAUCUAAUCGAUAUUUCAUUAUCUUAUUUGUUUACCCCAAAUAUGGGUAUAAGUUAUAUGCAGGAUAUUUUAUCCUUAUUCCUUUUUUAUAAUUAUAUAUGUUUAUACCUAACAAAAAUUUUAUUGUACAAG